AUGGAAGCCUCCCGUUACAUCUUCCUCGUAAUAUACCUUCACAUUCUGUGCUCAAUCCUCCUUCCUGUCCCAGCAACAUCCGCAUCCAACGAAACCGAUCUAUUAGCGCUUGUAUCCUUCAAGUCUCUUGUAUCAGGUGAUCCACUGAAGAUACUAUCCUCGUGGAAUGGCUCUGUCCACCACUGCCUGUGGCCGGGCAUCAAGUGCGGCCGCCGUCAUCCUGACCGUGUUACUUCUCUCAUUCUAAACUCUAGCCGUCUUUCAGGUCAGAUAUCUCCAGCUUUGUCCAACCUCACCUUUCUCUAUGAGCUGAGCCUCAGUGAUAACCAGUUCACCGGAAUUAUCCCGGAAGAGCUCGGGAAGCUGGUUAGACUAAGCUCCAUUGAUCUGUCUCACAACACCCUCGGUGGCCAUAUGCCACCAACUCUUGGAAACUGCACAAGAUUACUCACUAUUAACCUCAGAAAGAAUAACCUUCAAGGCAUGAUCCCUUCUAGUCUUGGACUAUGUACGGACCUAGUUAACCUGGUGUUAACCUCUAAUAACCUCGUAGGAAACAUCCCACCAGACCUUGGCAAUCUAACCAGUUUGCUAUUACUUCGUUUGGAUGUGAACAAUCUGACUGGUUCCAUCCCAUCUUCUCUUGGCCAGCUCCAUGUACUUCAAACCAUUUGCGUUAACGAGAACGAUCUUUCUGGCGAGAUACCGCCUUCCUUGUACAAUAUUUCAUCCAUGGAUAUCUUUCAGCUAGCUUACAACAGUCUCCAAGGUAGUCUUCCUUCUGAUAUUGGUGUUUCGUUUCCUAACCUGGUGAGUCUGGUUAUAUUUGGAAAUUACCUUCAAGGGCAAAUCCCUGAGUCAAUAUCCAACUGUUCCUACUUAUCUUCUAUUGAAAUUGCUAGUAACAAAUUCACAGGUCCCAUUCCUGCUAGCAUAGGAAGCUUGCAAAACCUUGAGAUAUUAGCAUUUUCUAACAAUCUACUUGAGGCCAAGACAACUAGAGACUGGGGAUUUCUUGACCAGUUAAGCAAUUGCACAGAGUUGCAAGUGUUAGACCUCGCCCAGAACCAACUCCAAGGAAUGAUACCUAACUCUAUAGGAAACCUUUCCACUAGUCUUUACUUUUUUAGUAUGAGAUAUAGUGGAAUUUCAGAAAGCAUCCCUGCUGUAAUCGGUAACCUAGUAGGUCUGACUAGAAUUCUGCUAGACAACAUGCUACUUAGUGGCCCCAUACCCCAGGAAAUUGGCAACCUCUUGAGACUUGAGAUAAUAGAUCUGUCCCUUAACUCCAUAUCUGGGGAAAUCCCGUCGAUGUUUAGAAAUCUUACCCGGAUCAGUGGAUUCUUUCUCCAAAGCAAUGAUCUUAAAGGGAAUAUACCAGAGCAGAUGAGUCGUAUGCAAUCGCUACAAUCCGUGAACCUUUCAGAUAACAAGUUAGUGGGUACUAUUCCAAAAGAAAUAAUGUCUUACUCCCUUUCUAUGGCCAUAGAUUUGUCGCAUAAUCAUCUCAGCGGUCCAUUGCCACUGGAAAUCAGUAAGCUGAAGAACAUACAGAGUAUAAUCCUUUCAAAUAACAACUUAUCUGGUGAAAUUCCGAGCACCAUCGAUGGUUGUGAAGUACUGCAAGCACUUUAUCUUGAUAGGAACAUGUUUGAUGGGUCCUUGCCAUCCUCUUUUGGUAACAUGAGAUCUUUGCAAGUUCUUGAUCUGUCCCACAAUUCUUUUUCUGGUGAAUUACCACACUCUAUAGAUCAGAUGAAGCUCCAAUUCUUGAAUAUUUCUUUCAACAAUUUUGAGGGAGAACUACCCAAAGGAGGAGUAUUCCUUAACAUUACUGCAAUUGAUGUAAGAGGAAAUCCUGAUCUUUGUGGUGGAAUAUCACAAAUGAAGCUACAAAGAUGUGGCAUACAUGUCCAAACACACAAAAAAGGUUACUGGAGAACCAUUGCAAUUGCAUUUUCCAUAAUUGGUGCAUUUGCAAGCUUGUGCAUGGCCAUAUGUUUCUUUGCAUGUCGAUAUUCCAAGAGAUCACAUAGCAAUGCAAAAUCCAGUCAUGCCUUGAAAUUUGAACUCAAGCGGGUGUCCUACAAUGACAUUUUCAAGGCUACAGAUGGUUUCUCUCAGGCUAAUCUAGUCGGAAGAGGCGCAUUUGGAACAGUAUACAAAGCCACCAUGAGCUUUGAAACUCCAACAGUUGUUGCUGUAAAGAUCCUUGACCUUCAAAAGCAAGCUGGUUCUAAGACAUUUGUGACUGAAUGUGAGGCACUGAGAAAUAUACGGCACCGAAACCUUAUUAAGGUUUUGAGCUCAUGUUCCAGUACGGAUCACAACGGUAUUGAUUUCAAGGCACUGGUUUUUGAGUUCAUGCCGAAUGGGAGUCUGGAGACUUGGCUACAUCCUACAGCAUGCACUGCUCGACCAUUUGAAGCUCUAGGCCUUACCCAGAGGAUGGACAUAGCAAUUGAUGUUGCCACAGCAUUAGACUACCUCCACCACCACGGUGCAGUGCCAAUUGUGCACUGCGAUUUGAAGCCUAGCAAUGUUCUUUUGGACGGUGAAAUGGUUGCACAUGUGGGUGAUUUUGGAUUAGCAAAGUUUUUGGUUCAACAAGAUACCAUGAUAUCUCAUUCGGCAACAAGCACCGGGAUCAAGGGUACUAUUGGCUACAUUCCCCCAGAAUAUGGCAUGGGAGCUCAAGCAUCUGUGCAGGGCGAUGCAUAUAGCUAUGGGGUUCUUCUGCUCGAGAUAUUCACUGGAGUAAGUCCAACUGAUGAAAAGUUUGUAGAUGGGAUGAGCCUUCAGAAACUGGUUGAGAUGUCUUUUCCUGAGACAGUCAUGGAAAUAGUUGAUCACAAACUGUUCUUUACUAACGGUCAAAAUAAGAAAGGAAACCAUACCCAUGACCGCGACAAUAUCUAUCAGUGCCUGCUCACGGUGAUACGAUGUGGACUCGGGUGCUCCAGGGAGUUGCCAAGAGAGCGCACCGAUAUGCAUGAUGUUGUCAAAGAGCUAAACUCAGCAAAAGAGAAGCUACUGAGAUGGGACAACCACCAUGUCAUGGUUGAUUGA